AUGUCGUCACUUCCUCCACUUGACAUUUCGCUCGACUUUGAUCGCGACCCCGGAAGUGACGACAUGACCCUCGGUCCAAAGGUGAGCGCGGCCGCCAUGGCGUCCAGAAGCCUUGUUUUCCUUGGAAACUUUUGGAGUUUGUUGGUGGUUUCCUGCGUUUCCCAAACCUACGUGCUGAACGACGCCGAGGGCUUGGGACGAGUUUUUGACGGCAUCGGAGGCUUGAGCGGCGGAGGGGCGACGACGCGUCUCCUGGUCAAUUACGCGGAGCCCUACCGAAGCCACGUCCUCGACUAUCUUUUCAAGCCCAACUUCGGCGCCUCGUUGCACAUGCUGAAGGUGGAAAUCGGAGGCGACGCGCAAACUACCGACGGGACGGAGCCGUCGCACAUGCACGCUGAAGACGACGAGAACUACUUCCGGGGUUACGAAUGGUGGCUCAUGAAAGAGGCCAAGAGGAGGAAUCCGAACGUGACGCUCGUCGCUUUGCCGUGGGCCUUCCCCGGCUGGGUCGGCCGAGGUAAGAAGUGGCCCUACGACUUCCCUGACGUCACCGCGGCUUACGUCGUCAGCUGGAUCGUGGGCGCCAAGCGCUUCCACCAGCUCGACAUCGAUUACGUGGGGAUUUGGAACGAACGCCCCUUCGACGGCGCCUACAUCAAGCUGCUGCGCGCCACCUUGGACAAAAGCGGCCUGGAGCGCGUCGGGAUCAUCGCCAGCGACAACCUGUGGGAGCCCAUCUCCCGGGCCGUCCUGCUGGACCCGGAGCUCGGCCGAGCCGUGGACGUGAUCGGCGCCCACUACCCCGGCACCGCCGCCGCGGCGACGGCCCUGAAGACCGGGAAGAGGCUGUGGGCUUCGGAGGACUACAGCACGUUCAACGACGAGGUCGGCGGAGGCUGCUGGGCGCGCCUCGUCAACCAGAACUACGUCAACGGAUUGAUGAGCGCCACCGUUUCCUGGAAUCUGGUCGCCAGCUACUACGAGGCGCUGCCCUUCGCCAGAGACGGCCUGAUGACCGCGGCCCAGCCCUGGAGCGGCUACUACGCCGUGGAGUCUCCCGUCUGGAUGACGGCUCACACCACGCAGUUCAGCCGGCCGGGCUGGACCUACCUGAAGACGGUCGGGCAUUUGGCCAAAGGCGGAAGCUACGUGGCCUUGACGGACGGCGAAGCCAAUCUGACGCUCGUCAUCGAGACCAUGAGCCACGACCAUUCCUUAUGCAUAAGGCCGCCGCUGCCGCCGUACUCGGUGAGCCCGCAAAACGCCACCUUCCGGCUGCUAGGGUCCUUUUCCUCCAUCCGGCGGCUGCAAAUAUGGCGGUCCCGCUUCAACUUCCAGACGACGAAAGCGCCCGCUUUUAUGGAGCGGCUGAGACCGUUGACGCUCACCGAUGGCAAAUUCACCCUCAGUCUCGCCGAAGAUGAAGUUUACACCGUCAGCACGAUCACGGGGGGGCACAAAGGCAAACACCCGGAUCCGCCCGCCCCCGCUCCCUUCCCCGACGAGUACGAGGACGACUUUAACGUCCGGGAAGCUCCUUUCUCGGAAGCUCCCAACUUCGCCGACCAGACCGGGGUCUUUGAAUAUUACGCCAACCUGACCGAUCCCGGGCCUCACGCCCGGACGUUACGCCAGGUCGUGACCCGACCGCCCGUCUCUUGGGCGGCGGACGCCGACCAGACCCUGAGCGUCAUCGGUGACUACGCGUGGCGCGAUCUCACUGUCGAAUGCGACGUCUUCAUGGAGCGCGCCCGGACGGGCGGCGUCUUCAUCGCGGCCAGGGUCGACAAAGGCGGCGAGGCCGUCCGCGGCGCCAAGGGCGUCUUUUUCUGGAUCUUUGCCGACGGAACGUACAAAGUUACCGACGACCUGGCCGGUCUGACGAUUCUGGCCGAAGGGCCGUCUGGCACGCGGGCGGGCGACUGGCACACGCUCUCGCUCAGCGUACGGGGCACGUUGGCGUCGGGAAGGCUGAACGGUUUUGUUUUGUGGAAGAACGCCGUGGCGCUGACGCCCGGGAACGGCUGGGCCGCCAUCGGGACGCGCUCCUUCGAGCUGGCCCAGUUUGACAAUUUUGCGGUAAAGGCGACCAAAGGAGAAGCGCGUCUUAAAUUGUGAGCGUUUCAAUCAAUACACUUUGACGGGCUACUUUUUUAUGGCGCCCGUUUUGCCUCGAAGCCCCCCGUGGCGGGAAUUGACCGCAAAGGAUUUGCGACCACCAUCGGUAGUUUGUGGGCGCCGCAAACUGUUGUGAAUCGUCCGCCGCUCGCCUGAUUCGGAUGGAAAUACCCUCCGGUGAAACUGCAUCGUGUCUCCAAUCUAUUGUGGCCCAAAAGAUGAGAAUCGCGCCGACGUCCCGACUGUACGCGAGCAAACCCCCAAAACAGCCGAGUGGACUUCCUGCCGCGAUAACGAGCGAUUGGCGAUGCGACGGUUUGAAACCGAACUUGCUCAAAUGUUGGUGUCUUCAGACAAAAGUUCAAUACGUGUGUAUCAUUUGUUGACGCAAACACUAACAUCGGCUGUCGUCGUCGUCUUUGGUAGCGCUCGAAGGCGUCUUGUGGGAAGCGCAGGACGCCGACGACAUUUCGAGUUCCGACGCCGUUUCUGCGUGCCGGAAGGAUCGCUGAUCAUUUUUUUUUUGGAGUGUAUGCCCUGCGUAACGAGCUUCAAACUCUAUUAUUUAAAUUCACCUCAUACAAUAAAAAGGUACAUUUAUAAAAUAAUUCAUCGUUAAAAACAACAACAAGUUUUGUUCUUUUCCUUUUGAAAUUUGCUUUAUUUUUGAUUGGAGACAAGCUUUGGAUGAAAGAAAAUGUAUUUUAAAAGUUUUUCCUGACUCAAUUUCCACUGAAUUAUUAGAAUAAAUACAGAUGGGAAAAUAAAUGCUUCCUGUUGGGGGGAAAAAAAAAAAAAACCUUUGUAAACCUUAACCAAUUCCAAACUUUAACUGUUCAACAUCAUAAUAAUAUAGUAGUUGGUGUUAAGAUUCCUGGCAAGAGUUUUCAUUGAGAGUCUUUAUAUUAUUUCUGCUUUUAAACUGUUGACUUUCUAAAUUGAAUGUUUGCAUUUGCAAUCCCAAAAUGUGCAUCUUAUGAUGAUCAAAUAAAUGCGAUGUUUUUUGGGGGA